AUGUUAUUGUUCAUGUCACUGAUAUUGUUACUGCCAGAUGUGGUAUGCCUUAUUCCUGCUACUGCUACCUGUGUGGUGGGCAAGCUUGAUCUUUUUAAAUAUAAUUAUUAUCAUAGAGGAGAUCUCAUCAUUGCUGGCAUUAUUUCUCAGUUCUACCUGAUUUCUGAUCCAGUAGAUUUUACAAGGCAUCCAUCGGAAGAACUGGUUGAUGAGCUCAUGUAUUUCCUGGCAAAAUGGACUUAUUUUGCUUCACUGGAGCUACUGUCCACACAGGCCAGAUUCAUCCCUAAUUAUAAGUGUGAUAUCCAAGAGAAGACGGUAUCUGUUAUUGCAGGACCUAAUGCAAAUGUCUGUCCAUUUAUGCCAAAUAUUCUGAAUAUAUACAAGAUGCCACAACUUAUAUAUGGCUCUGCCCCAAUGAUAGACAACAGUGAACACACAGUUUUCUUCCAUCGUUUUUUCCCAAAUGAGGAGCUUCAGACUAAGGGGAUUCUCCAGCUGCUGUUGCAUUUCAGGUGGACAUGGAUAGGGCUGAUUUCCCAACGUGAUGAGAGUGGAGAGAGGUUUGUACGGAAUGCCCUUACAUUGUUUUACCAGAAAGGUAUCUGCUUUGCCUUCAUGCAAGAGAUUCCCAAAGAAACUUUCUCUAAUGACUUUGUAGGUGUAUUUAAACAUUUUAUUGAUAUGUACAAGGUUGUCAUGGAAAGCACUGUCAAUGUUGUGAUCCUCUAUUGUGAAAACCAGAUCAUUGCCAUUUUCAGAAUAUUUCCCUACCUUUCAGAAUAUGAGGAUAUACCAGUAAGCAGAAAAGAUAAAGUUUGGAUCAUGCCAGCACAAAUGGAGUUCACAUCAGUCCCCUUUCAAAAAAUACGGCCUUUGGACUUUAUUCAUGGUGCGAUAUCUUUUGCAGUUUCUUCCAAGGAGGUGACUGGGUUCAAAAGAUUCUUACAGAUGAGAAACCCUAAUUCAGUAGAGGAAGACCAUUUAAUAAGAUUGUUCUGGGAACAGGCAUUUGGAUGUUCUUUCUUUAAAGAUAAGUUAAAUGAGGACACUGGAGUGCUGUGCACUGGAGAAGAGAAGUUGGAGACUCUUCCUAAUGCUGUGUUUGAUACCACCAUGACUGGGCAGAGUUACAGCAUUUAUAAUGCAGUCUAUGCUGUGGUACAUGCUUUGAAAGCCAUGUUUUCAUCCAAAUCCAAACACAGAGCAAGGGCAGACAGUGGGAGACCGAUGAUUCUCAAUCAAGAAACAUGGCAGCUCCAUCAUUAUCUGAGAAGAGUCUUAUUUAACAACAGUAUUGGGGAAAAAUUUUUCUUUAAUGAAAAUGGGGAAUUAGGAACUGGAUUUGAUAUAAUCAACUGGAUCACAUUCCCAAACCAGACUUUCCUUAAAGUCAAAGUUGGAAAGAUAGAUCCCUUGACUCCUCCAGAAGAGCGUUUCACAAUUUCUGAAGAAAACAUCAUCUGGCCACCCAUGUUCAACCAGGCUCUACCACUUUCUGUAUGCAAUGACAAUUGUUAUUCAGGCCACAGCAAGAUGAAAAUAGAAGGGAAGCCAUUUUGCUGUUAUGAUUGUCUUCCAUGUGCAAAAGGGAAAAUUUCAAACAAACUAGAUUACUGUUUCCAAUGUUCAGAAGAUCAGUACCCAAAUGAAGCUCAAAAUCUUUGCAUUGAAAAGCGUGUAACUUUCUUGUCUUAUGAAGAACCGUUGGGAAUCACUUUGGCCACUGUAGCUCUCUUCUUUUUCAUAAUCUCAGCUUUGGUGCUGGGGAUCUUCAUUAAACAGUGGGAUACCCCCAUUGUCAAAGCCAACAACAGGAACCUCACUUAUACUCUUCUCAUUGCUCUCCAGCUAUCUUUCCUCUGCACUUUGCUCUUCAUUGGGCAACCUGACCAAGUGAAAUGUCUCAUGCGACAAACUGCUUUUGGCAUCAUCUUCUCAAUAGCCAUUUCUUGUAUUUUGGGUAAAACAACCAUUGUUGUUCUUGCUUUCAUGGUCACCAAACCAGGAUCCCAAAUAAAGAAAUGGGUGGGGAAAAGACUGGCCAACUCCAUUGUCUUUUCUUGCUCCCUGGUGCAAGUCAUCAUUUGUGUUGUGUGGCUGGCAAUUUCUCCCCCAUUUCCAGAUUCUGACAUUCGCUCAAUGGCUGAAGAAAUUGUCCUAGAAUGUAAUGAAGGUUCAGUCAUUAUGUUUUAUGCUGUCCUUGGUUUUAUGGGGUUCUUGACUGCUAUCAGCUUCACCGUGGCCUUCCUAGCUAGGAAGUUACCUGACAGCUUCAAUGAAGCCAAAUUUAUCACCUUCAGCAUGGUGGUCUUUUGUAGUGUCUGGAUAUCUUUUGUUCCCACCUAUCUGAGCACCAAGGGGAAGUACAUGGUGGCAGUGGAGAUCUUCUCCAUUUUGGCUUCAGCAGUGGGAUUACUGGGCUGCAUCUUUUUCCCCAAAUGCUACAUUAUUAUUCUGAGACCUGAUUUGAACAGAAAGGAGCAGCUAAUAAAGAAAUAA